UCACCCUCAGCAUUUCAUUUCAUUUGCAUUUGGAACUCAAAAAUGGCCAAGUAUCUGUUUUUCCACCUUUCUCUAGUCAUGUUUAGCUUCACUGCAAUCGCUUUGGCAAACAUGCAAGCUUCGUAUGGAGGAGACGAAAACCUGCCAACAUUCGGCACACCCCCUAUAUGCCCGGAGGCAGAAGCCAUCGUCUUCUCCUGGGUCCAAACUGCCAUCUCCGAGGACCCCCGGAUGGCGGCAUCUCUGCUUCGGCUCCACUUCCACGACUGCUUUGUCAAUGAAAUUUUGAUACAGGGAUGUGAUGCCUCUGUCUUGCUGGAUGAUAACGAGAAUUUUGUAGGUGAAAAGACAGCAGCUCCAAAUGUGAACUCACUUAGGGGAUUUGAAGUGAUUGAUGCUAUAAAAUCUGAGAUGGAAUCUGUUUGCCCACAAACAGUUUCAUGCGCUGACAUUCUAGCCCUUGCAGCUAGGGACUCUGUUGGACUAUCAGGAGGACCCUUUUGGAAAGUGGAAUUUGGAAGAGGGGAUAGCAUAAGUGCUAGCAAAUCAGCAGCACAAAACAACAUUCCGGGCCCAAACUCCACUGUAGCUACCUUAGUUUCUAAGUUCCAGAACCUUGGCCUUUCUCUAAGAGAUAUGGUCGCCCUCUCAGGGGGACACACACUGGGAAAAGCUAGAUGUGCUUCAUUCAGUUCUAGGCUACAAGCGAAUGGAGGCAGCCCCAAUGAAGGAGCAAACCAAGAGUUUAUAGAGUCAUUGAAACAGCUCUGCUCGGCACCCGGUAGUAGCUCAACACUGGCACAGCUCGACGUUGUAACCCCGGCUACAUUUGACAACCAGUACUACAUUAAUCUUCUCUCUGGAGAGGGGUUACUCCAGUCUGAUCAUGUCCUUGUGACUGAGCAUUACCAAACAAGAGAGAUAGUCGAAACCUACGCCAUCGACCCAGUUGCCUUCUUUGAAGAUUUCAAGCAGUCAAUGGUGAAGAUGGGAAGCCUCAAACCACCUGCUGGAACACAGACCGUGAUCCGAACUAAUUGUCGAACUGUUAGCUAGAUUAUGUUCAGGUUUAAUAUCUACCGAACCGAAAAAAUAGAAUGAAGAAGAGAUUAGAUAAGUUGCUAAAUUGGAGAAGGUACUAUUGUCAACUAGUAUUUCAAGUGAAUGAAUCACGGCUACAAAAGAAAGUCUACAUAUCCUCUUU